AAUCGACCAAAGAAAGGCCAAAAAUGGACUGGUUUUCAAUUUUUUUCCUUGACAUUUCAUUCGUGAUCUCCCCCCUACGCCCCCCGUUACAUGCGACAAAUAAUUAUGGCACUCCGGGCGAGAAGAUGAUAUGCGACGGAGAUACGUGUCCCGGGAAGUACGUGGAUGAGAAAAUUUACGAAUACGACGUUUACGACAUCGACGAGGAUGAAUUCAUAAAAGAUCUACGUCACAAGAAGUGCAAAAUAAUUCAGUUAGUUCGCCGACAAAUCCAAAAUCUUCACGAUGCUCAAUACAACUUACCCACACAGACGGACGAAUGGCAGAGCGUGUACGCGCAUCCGGAACAACUGCACUUGACCGGGGACACGAUCGAAGCAUCGCUCCCGUUGCGGCGUGAUCUACAUCCGAGGAAUACGAUGUACACCGGACAGGAAUGGUGUGUUCAUGCGUUGAGAAGAAUUCGAAAGAGAAUUUACAUAGUAGUAGCGGUCACCGGGGUCAUCGCGCUGUUAGCAUCCCUCUACGGCAUUUAUUUCCGCGCGUAUCUCUGCACCACUGGUGGUAAAUCGUGCCUCACGUCUGUUCGAUACACCCAUGCGAAGCACGCAUUGUUUUAAACACGACGGGCAGCGGAACUCAAAAGAGAAACAAAAACGAAUCCCUGCGACUGAGUAUGGACGAUCGAGAAUGAGUAAGGCCGUCUAAGACUUGACACAAAAUAUAUUAAACUUGGAAUAAUA